AUGGAUGUACGAAAAGUGACAGAAUUGUUGCGAGCCACGAUCGACCCAGUGCAACAAAAGCAAGCUGAAGAGCAGCUAAAUCAGAUUCAUAAAAUUAUUGGUUUUGCACCAACAUUACUUCAAGUAGUAAUGACUGCAGGAGAAAUGCCUGUGAGACAAGCUGGUGUUAUAUAUUUGAAGAAUCUUAUUACAACAAGUUGGGCUGAUAAACAAAAUGAAAACGGAUCAGGUAAGUUCACUAUUCAUGAGCAAGAUCGUGCAAUGAUUCGUGAUGCAAUUGUUGACGCUCUUGGACAUGCACCAGAUCUUAUCAGAGUACAAUUGGCUGUUUGUGUAAAUAAUAUAGUAAAACAUGAUUUUCCUGGAAGAUGGACACAAAUAGUGGACAAAAUCACAAUAUAUUUACAGAAUUCUGAUGCUUCCUGCUGGCCAGGUGUUCUUCUUGCACUUCAUCAACUUGUUAAAAAUUUUGAAUAUAAAAAAGCAGAUGAAAGAGGGCCAUUAAAUGAAGCAAUGAAUCUCUUGUUUCCUAUGAUUUAUCAAUUAAUAUUACAACUUUUACCAGAUUCUUCAGAACAAUCAGUAUUGCUACAGAAACAGAUAUUAAAGAUAUUUUUUGCCCUUACGCAAUAUACACUUUCUUUAGAUCUGAUUUCAAAAGAACAUUUCUCGCAAUGGAUGGACGUGGUACGACAAGUAGCUGACAGGCCUGUUCCACCUGAAACUAAUAAUCCAGAUCUGGAUGAUGAUGAACGAGCUGAAUUACCAUGGUGGAAAUGUAAGAAAUGGGCUCUUCAUAUUCUACACAGGAUGUUUGAGAGAUAUGGAAGUCCUGGAAAUGUAACACAAGAAUACAAAGAGUUUUCUGAGUGGUACUUGAGAACCUUUAGUGGAGGGAUACUUGAAGUACUUUUGAAAAUUUUGGACCAAUAUCGAAGAAAAAUAUAUGUGUCACCUAGAGUGAUUCAACAAUCAAUUAAUUAUAUUAAUCAAGGAGUGAGUCAUGCACAUUCAUGGAAGUUCUUAAAACCACACAUGUUUGAGAUAAUUCGCGAUGUACUCUUCCCAAUCCUUUCAUAUUCCGCUGCAGAUGAAGAGCUUUGGAAUAGUGAUCCAUAUGAAUAUAUAAGGGUGAAAUUUGAUAUAUUUGAAGAUUUUGUAUCUCCAGUUACCGCAGCUCAGACAUUAUUACAUUCUGCUUGCAAGAAGCGUAAAGAUAUGCUUCAAAAAACUAUGCAAUUCUGCAUGGAAGUACUAACUAGUCCAAAUGCAGACCCUAGACAAAAAGAUGGUGCAUUACAUAUGAUUGGAAGUUUGGCAGACGUGUUGUUAAAGAAGAAAGUUUAUAAAGAAGAAAUGGACAAAAUGUUAUUACAAUAUGUUUUUCCCGAAUUUAAUAGUCCUCAUGGACAUAUGAGGGCGAGAGCAUGUUGGGUAUUACACUAUUUCUCGGAAAUAAAAUUUAAGCAAGAACAAAUAUUAGUUGAGGCCGUUCGGUUGACGACGAAUGCUCUUCUGACAGACCAAGAUCUACCAGUUAAGGUAGAAGCUGCUAUUGCAUUGCAGAUGCUUCUUUCUGCUCAAGAGAAAGCACAAAGAUAUGUGGAACCCCUAAUCAAGCCUAUAAUCCUUGAGUUAUUAACUAUCGUACGAGAAACAGAAAAUGACGAUUUAACGACUGUUAUACAAAAGAUAGUUUAUACAUAUUCAGAGCAGAUUAUGUCAAUUGCAGUUGAGAUAUGCCAACAUCUUGCUGAAACAUUCAGCCAAGUGCUUGAAACAGAUGAAGGCAGUGAUGAAAAAGCUAUAACUGCUAUGGGAUUGUUAAAUACAAUAGAAACUUUGUUGACUGCGAUGGAAGAUCAACCACAUAUCAUGGCACAGUUGCAACCAAUAGUUCUUCAGGUUCUUGCCCAUAUUUUUGGAGAAAACGUAAUGGAAUUCUAUGAGGAAGCCCUUUCAUUAGUUUAUGAUCUUACUGGGAAAAUAAUUUCGGAAGAUAUGUGGAAAGUCUUAGAAUUAAUGUAUCAGCUAUUCCAGAAAGAUGGUUUCGAAUAUUUUAUCGAUAUGAUGCCUGCUCUUCAUAAUUACAUUACUGUCGCUACCCCAGCGUUCUUAUCUAAUGAAAACCAUGUAUUGGCUAUGUUUAAUAUGUGCAAAGCUGUACUAACAGGAGAUGCUGGAGAAGAUCCAGAAUGCCAUGCUGCCAAAUUACUGGAAGUCAUAAUUCUACAAUGCAAAGGUCAUAUCGAUCAGUGUAUACCGUCAUUCGUUCAAUUGGUACUAGAACGUUUAAUGCGCGAAGUUAAAACAUCAGAGUUAAGAACAAUGUGUUUGCAAGUAGUAAUUGCAGCCCUUUAUUAUAACCCAGCACUCUGUCUCGAAACAAUGGAUAGAUUACAAGGCAAUUUUGGACAGUCUACAGAACCAAUUGCGUCACAUUUUAUUAAACAAUGGAUACACGAUACGGAUUGUUUCUUAGGAUUACAUGAUAGAAAGCUUUGUGUCCUUGGAUUAUGUACUUUGAUUAGUAUGGGACCAGCAAGGCCACCAGCAGUGAAUGAAUGCGCUCAACAAAUCAUCCCAUCUUUAAUUCUACUUUUUGAUGGAUUGAAAAGAGCUUAUGCAGCUAAGGCAUCUGAUACUGAUGAUGAAGAGAAUGAGGAAGAUGAUAGUGAUAUUGACGAAGAUGAAAUCGACGAUGUUAGUCAAGAAUAUCUGGAAAAACUACAAGAAACAGUGACAAGGUCAUCCGCGCAACAUGGUUUUAAUAUUUCAAGUUCAAUUCAAGAUGGACAUGGCGAUCACAGAUCAGACGAUGAUGGUGACGACUCAGAAUACGAUGCGAACGAAGAAACUCCACUCGAGUGCUAUGCCACGCCUUUAGAUUCAAAUGAUAUGAAUCAAGAUGAAUAUGUUGUUUUCAAAGAAGUAAUCCAAAAUAUUGAAAGAACAGACACAGUUUGGUAUAGAGCAUUAACUGGUCAUUUAACUGCAGAACAGCAAAAGGCACUGCAAGAAAUUAUCCUCUUAGCAGAUCAGCGUGAAGCAGCCCGUGAAAGUAAAAGAAUUAAAGAGAGUGGUGGCUUUGUUUUUGAUCCUUUUACUACAGCUGGAUCGUUCAAUUUCGCUGGAUUGCCUACGAGCCAUUUAUAUUUUCUUUAGCUUAAAUUCCAGGGAAUAUGUUCUGAUCUCGAUUUCUAAAUCGCCGUGCUUCUUCGCCGAGCUCACGCCAAUCCAUCGUCCAGCGCGAUCGAAUCUUUUUUUUGUACGAAAAAGGAAUAGAUAUAUGUGAAAAUGAAAAUGAAAGUGUGAAAG